AUGUGUCAAUCUUCCUGGCAUGACUUCCUCCUUGGCCUUCCCAAGUGCGAGCACCACGUGCACUUGGAAGGCUGCCUCACCCCCGAGCUGAUCUUCCAACUGGCCGAGAAGAACCAAGUCCAGCUUCCCGACCCCAAGUCGGAACCCGCCUACGAGUCUAUCGAGACUUUGACUAGCCGAUAUGGCCACUUCAGCUCCUUGGACGACUUCCUCCACUUCUACUUCAUCGGCAUGUCCGUGCUCAUCCAGGAAUCUGAUUUCGCCGAUCUGGCCUGGGCCUACUUCAAGAAGGCUCACGCCGACGGCGUGCACCAUGCCGAGGUCUUCUUCGACCCUCAGGUUCACCAGGACCGUGGCAUUCCCUACGAGACCAUCGUGGCCGGCUUCGUGGCCGGCUGCAAGCGCGCCGAGCAGGAGCUCGGCCUCUCCACCCGCCUCAUCCUGUGCUUCGUUCGCCACCUCCCCGUUGAGUCUGCCAAGAAGACCUACCAGAACAUCCUCGACAACAACCACUUCGACACCGAGGUGAUCCACGGCCUCGGCUACUCUUCCUCCGAGGUCGGCCCUCCCAAGGAUAUGUUCCGCGAGAUCUACCUGUCCGCAUCGGCCAAGGGCGUUCGUCUCACCGCCCAUGCGGGUGAGGAGGGUGAUCCUACCUACAUCACCGCGGCCCUGGAGAUGGGCGCGACGCGCAUUGACCAUGGCAUCCGGCUCGUCGAGGACCCGGCCCUCAUGGAGCGUGUGGCUCGCGAGAACAUCCUGUUGACCGUCUGCCCUCUGUCGAACGUUCAGCUCAAGUGCGUGAAGACGGUGGCGGAGGUGCCCAUCCGCAAGUUCCUGGACGCUGGUGUCAAGUUCUCGCUCAACAGCGAUGACCCGGCUUACUUCGGUGGCUACAUCCUGGACAACUACUGCGCUGUCCACGAGGCGUUCAAUCUUUCCGUGAAUGAGUGGAAGACAAUUGCCGUCAACAGUGUCACCGAGAGCUGGAUCGGCGAGGACCGCAAGCAGGAACUGCUGCAGCGGAUCGAUGCCCACGUCGAGAAGUUCGCUACUCUGGCUUAG